CCAAACUUUCGUUGGAACGACUCGACGACUGUAUAAAGUGUCACAAAAUGUCUUUCAAAUACAAAGCAAAUUACAUAAAAUUAGUAUCGAGUCCAAAUGAGUCAGGAAUAUAUUAUCUUAUUUAUAUACUUAAUUUUUGAAUACUCAGGAAACGUUAGUCAUUCACACUGUUUACAGUCGAGGUGUUUAAUAACUCAACAAUACUCUAAUCGAAAAAUAUAAUUAUUUUCUAGUCAGAAACUAAUAAGUGAGGCAACAAUGAUACCUCUCGGAUUAUCUCCAGUUCAUCAACCAUCAACUAGUACUACUUCAACGCUAGCAACUGCAGCUAGGGGAAGCUCUGCUGUUAAACCAAACUAUACUUUGAAAUACACACUAACCGGACAUACUAAAGGUGUGUCAUCGGUAAAAUUUAGCCCUGAUGGAGAAUGGCUUGCAAGUUCAUCUGCCGAUAAACUCAUUAAAAUAUGGGGAUCUUAUGACGGAAAGUUUGAAAAAACUAUUAAAGGGCAUGAAUUAGGAAUUUCAGAUGUAGCAUGGUCAAGUGACAGUAGGCUACUAGUUUCUGCUUCUGAUGAUACAACUCUCAAAAUAUGGGAGCUUAGUUCGGGUAAAUGUUUAAAAACUUUGAGAGGCCAUAGUCAUUAUGUUUUUUGUUGCAAUUUUAAUCCUCAGUCUAAUCUUAUCGUUUCUGGCUCAUUUGAUGAGAGCGUUAGAAUUUGGGAUGUUAUAACAGGGAGGUGUUUGAGAAUAUUACCAGCUCACUCUGACAUUAUAAGUGCAGUUCAUUUCAACAGGGAUGGAUCCUUAAUUGUUUCUAGCAGUUAUGAUGGUUUGUUUCGCAUAUGGGAUACUGCGUCUGGACAAUGCUUAAAAACUCUUAUUGAUGAUGAUACUCCUGUAUCAUUCGUUAAAUUUUCUCCAAAUGGCAAAUAUAUUUUGGCAGCAACUUUUAAUAACACUUUUAAGUUGUGGGAUUACAGUAAAGGAAAAUGUUUGAAAACUUAUACAGGCCAUCGUAAUGAAAAGUACUGCAUAUUCUCCAAUUUUUCCAUCACAGGAGGAAAGUGGAUCGUUUCUGGUUCGGAAGAUCAUAUGGUAUAUAUCUGGAAUAUACAGACAAAGGAAGUAGUUCAAAAACUUCAGGGUCAUACAGAUGUAGUACUUUGUACAGCAUGCCAUCCAACGAAAAAUAUUAUUGCUUCAGCUGCUCUGGAUAAUGAUAAGACUAUAAAAUUAUGGAAAAGUGAUGCAUAACAUUAGUCAAUUUAAGCAAACUGUUAGGUGUAUAAAUUUUCGUUACUCUAAUUCUGUAAAUAACAUUACUACAAAACGUGUAUUAUGUAAGAGCAUUUUCAUUUUUUUAUAUUUUUGUAAUUUAAAACAUGAGUUUUACGUCGCAUUCAGUUAAUAUUUCGAGGUAUUUAGUAAAAAAGUGAUUGACUUCACAAUCAAUAAAAAAAAUAUUACAUACUUUAUUUUUACAUUACUUUAAAUUUCAAAGUCAUAAAUAUCAUAAAAAUUAAAAUGCAAAAUCACAGUUUAGAUUGAAAUGUUUUUUUUUCAUACAUUAUAUGUAUAACUAGUUGUUAAAUACUUAAAAUUUUGCGAACUAUGGUUUUUCAUCUAUACCCUUGCGAAUUCUCGGCCACGGCGGAAAGCUCGUAAAACUGUGGUAAAAAAAUCGUCACUUCGAGAUGAACUUAUUUUACUGUAUAGUAGUUUUAUGACGUAUAACUCAAGCAGGCUAAAUUAGUCAUCAAUUGUCAAGUACAGUGUUUUUAAUGAGUUGAGGGUGCACAUUUUCGAACAUCAGUGAGUGCUUCCCAGAUAUACCCAUUUGUUCAACAGAAAUUUUUAUCAAUUUAACAAUGAGCUGUUGCCGAUUAUGAGCUAUUUCAACUUUUGACUACGAUUCGGGUAUAUAACAUGAACUGCAAGUUGUUGUAAAUCCAUGUUCGCUUUUUGAACAAGAUAAGGUGAGAGAAAGUGUUGCUUAAAAGUUAUGGAAAAGAAUCUAAACAACGUAACUUAUAAUUUGAACAUCAACUCUUUGCACUAAAUUUACCGUCAAAUUUCAACCGUAUCGUUCUGUCAACUUGAAGUCAAGAUGGCUAUUGGAAUUAGUUUGCACCGAAGACGAGUGCUAAAACAUUGUAAUUAAUGGGUAUAAUGAUUUGGCCUGCGUGUUGAGCACGUUUACUUAAUUCAACACAUGUCUAGUUGACGCGUUUCAUUACAAUCAAAUUUUAGUAGAUUAAUUAUUCAUUUUAAUUUCAACUAUUUCAUAAAAAAUACGUAAGACUUGCAAUGCAAUAAGAUUUGAGGAGCUAGUUACUGUUUUAUUCGUUAGUCCUAUGGCAAAAAUAUUCGGUACUGGAAUUCCUAUCCAAAAGUUCUCAUAAAAUCCACUCAAAUGGGUCAAAAACCGCAAAAUGCAAUAGGAUUGUAUUGUUUUCUAUACGGUUUUUAAUCCGUUUGAGUGGAUUCUAUGGGGUCUUUUGAAAAGGGACUUCACUGCUGAUAAAGAGAAGUUACGUAUUAAGCCAUUUCAUAGCAUUGAUUAGUAUAUAAUAGGAACAUUUUGAUCGUGUUUUCAUUAAUUAUAUAUUUUUCAUCAGCGGGUAAACAGCCAUUUA